CGUCCGUCUGUGGCUGCGUGCCUAGCUCUGCUCUGGCCUCCGCCUCCGCUUGGCCUGAGGGGGAUCCGUGGCUGGAGGGCCGAGCCAUGCGGAGGGCCAGCGCCGCCCAGCCGUGAGCAGCCAGCCGCUCUCCCCGCCUCCCUCGCCUCCUCCUCCUCGGCAGCCAUUUUGUGCCUCCUCCUCCUCCUCCCGCCGCCGCCGCCGCCGCCGCCUCUGCCGCCGCUUCUCCGGGCGCCUGUGGUCCUGGGCCGGUGCCUGACGGGGAAGCAGCCGCAGCCGCAGCGCCUGGUGCCGGUGGUGCUCCGCUCCGCCGCUCCCGAUGGCGAAGAAAACCUACGACCUGCUCUUCAAGCUGCUGCUGAUCGGCGACUCCGGCGUCGGCAAGACCUGCGUCCUCUUCCGCUUCUCCGACGAUGCCUUCAACACCACCUUCAUCUCCACCAUCGGCAUAGACUUCAAGAUCAAAACUGUUGAGUUGCAAGGGAAGAAGAUAAAGCUACAGAUAUGGGACACAGCUGGGCAGGAACGGUUUCACACCAUCACCACCUCCUACUACCGAGGCGCCAUGGGGAUCAUGCUAGUGUAUGACAUCACCAAUGCCAAAAGCUUUGAAAACAUCAGCAAGUGGCUCAGAAACAUAGAUGAGCAUGCCAAUGAAGACGUGGAGAGGAUGCUUCUAGGAAACAAGUGUGACAUGGAUGAUAAGAGGGUUGUACCCAAAGCUAAAGGCGAGCAGAUUGCAAGGGAGCACGGUAUUAGGUUUUUCGAAACUAGUGCAAAAGCAAAUAUAAACAUUGAGAAGGCAUUCCUCACGUUAGCAGAAGACAUUCUUCGAAAGACCCCUGUAAAAGAGCCCAACAGUGAAAAUGUAGAUAUCAGCAGUGGAGGCGGCGUGACCGGCUGGAAGAGCAAGUGCUGCUGAAGGGGCUUCCCUUGCCAAGCGUCCUCCAUCGCCCUUCCUCUUCCUCCUCUUCUUGCUGCGGAAUAAACCACUUUGCCCAUUUUUAACCUUAAAUAUUUUUUUGUUCCUCAUCUUAACAUGGCUCCUCCUUUCCUUCGUUCUUUUGUUAGGGAGAGCUCACUGACUAUAAUCUUCUCAAAACAAAACUGUAUCGAAAUCAUGUCUGACUUUAUUUUUAAUGUACUGGCUCAACUCGGCACCAUGUUCUGGUUGUAUUAUAGCCCAGUCUUAACAUGACAAUUUAGAGCGAUCAUUUCAGCUCCAGUCUGCAAAUUGUACAAGAAUAAAAAAGAAAUACGUAGCGUUAACAGUUUUUAUUUUGUACAACUGUGGGGUUUUGUUAAUGGAUACUGUGCUUAAGUCACCAUAUUUGCAUCUGCAGAAAAGGAAAAACUCAUUCGCCUUGAGUCUGUAAAUGGGGUUUAUUUUGUCCUGUGCCUUACAUGGAAAGGAACUUUGGUUCUCUCCCUCCCCCCGUCCUCCUCUUUCUGUUCUGGCGAAGGCAAGACCAGAGGCCCCCUUCUCCUGGGGCGACUUCCCUGGCAUUGAUGUAGUGAACUGAGGACAGCCGGGGCGAGAGCAAGGCCUGCCGGGUGCCUCCAAUGACAAUUUUUUCCUCUCUGUAGUGGUUCCCUCCUUCCCUUCUCCCCCCUUUUUUGUCUGCAUGCGGUUUUUUGUUUUGUUUUUUUAAUGGUGUGAUGUGUUAAGAGAUGGCAAUACGCUGUAUUUGCCAAAUUUAAUUCCAAGCACUGAUCACGGAUCUAGCUUUCUGGGGUAAAACGUGAAGUAUCUACUAACCUUUUUGUCUAGCAAACGUUGGGCCAAUUACUAUUCCCCCCCUCCCCAGCCCUCCCUCCCUCCUUCUCACAUAGUUAUUGGGGUUUAUGAUAUGGAAGAGUUAAUUGCAUGCGCAGUAGUUUUCUAUGGAGGGUGAUGUGGCUGUUGUCUUAUCUUUGUGUACAACUAUGCCAUGGCAGGUCCCAAAGCUGCAGCCGUGAACUAUGAAUUUGGUUUUCUUUGCUGCUCCGCGCAGGUGACUCAGUAGCCUAGUCAAUGUUUAAUAUGGGGACAGGAACGGGGCGAGGGGGAGAAAGGGCAGGUGAGUCGGAUGGCCAUACCCCUAGAGUGCGCUCCUUCCUUCUGUGUUAAGUUCUUCACAAUAAAAGAAAUCCCUUGUUUACAACCUUGAGCAGUCGUAACUUCUUUCGACAGCUGGCAAGCAAAAAGCAGCAAUGUAAAAACAGUACAAAUGCUUUAGCAGCCGGGUGCGCACUCUGCUUUUGCGCGGUGGGGAGCGGCCCUUGGGGGACGACUUGCUUUUCCAGUUUGCCACCUUGCCUCUUGUUCUGGCUCAGCUGGAACCACCAAGGAGACAGCAGUGUCACAACAACAGGAGGGUGUGAAUGUGCGUAUGUGUGUGUAAGAGCAUGAGAAAGAGAGAGAGUGUGUGUGUGUGUGUGUUGCCUUCUGGGAGAGCACCAAAGGCUGACUUCUUUGCAGGCCCCUUGUGCUGAAUUUGGGUGCCUUGCCCGGCAGCGUUCUUCAUCCCCAGUUGGGCAGGAGGACAUUGGCGCCAAAGGGGUUCCUUGUGAGCCCCUCUUUUCCCUCUCUUCCUCCUGGGCUUGAGGGUGACCUUUUUGCCUUUUCUUUGGGACAUUUCUUCCUCUGAUCAAACCAGCACGCAAUGCUGACUGUAAUUCUAACGAAUUGGAUAAAGGCGAGCCUCGCUGGUGGUUCGGGUGUCACCCGCCUAGGAGCGGUCCUGUCCCUUCCCCUUGUCUUCCCUUGUGCUGGUUCCCCUUUCCCAGCUGAGCGGCUGUUAAAGCAGAGGCAGGGAGCCCCGGGGACCGGAAGCGACAAAAGGGUGGCACUCUGUGUGUUCCUCACUUAUUUCGAUGUACUGGUUAGUGUUGUAAAUAGAAAUGGCUACCUUUUCAGAUCUGCACUUUCUAACAUUAUCACAGGUUUUUAAAAAAGGGAAUAUGGAGUAGUAUGCAUCAUCUUUUCUCUCUCUCUCUCUCCUUUUUUUAAUAACUUUUGUUUAAAACAUGUGCUUUUGAUUUGCUUCCUGGGCCUUGCCCUCCUGUAUGAGCCUCUCUAAACAAGUUCUUUGUAAAAGCUGUCUUCUUCAUUAAGCACCGAGCAGCUGAAAACAAAGCAGCCCACUCUCUGGUACUACUAGCUGAAAAUUCAUAUUCUACUUAACAAGGUAAAUAAACUGAAAUAUUUCUA